UUGGCUGCGGGCGCGGUGCGCUGGGUGUCAUUGCCCGGGGGGUCCCAAACAGUGUCAGUGGCGCCGGGAGCCCGGCAGGUGCGUGCCCAGGAACGAUGGCGACAGAGUCCCCGCGCCGCCCCAGUCGCUGCACUGGAGGAGUGGUGGUUCGCCCUCAAGCUGCCACGGAACAGUCAUACAUGGAAAGUGUUGUUAACUUCCUCCAAGAUGUUGUGCCACAGGCCUACAGUGGAACCCCUCCAGAAGAAAAAGAGAAAAUUGUCUGGGUCAGAUUUGAAAAUGCAGAUUUAAAUGAUACAUCCAGGAAUAUGGAAUUCCAUGAGAUCCACAGCACUGGGAACGAGCCCCCGUUGCUGCUGAUGAUUGGAUACAGCGAUGGGAUGCAAGUCUGGAGCAUACCUAUCAGUGGGGAAGCUCAGGAGCUGUUCUCGGUGCGCCACGGGCCGGUUCGAGCCGCUCGGAUCCUCCCAGCUCCUCAGAUCAGUGCUCAGAAAUGUGAUAACUUUGCUGAGAAGCGGCCUCUGCUUGGUGUGUGCAAAAGCAUUGGAUCUUCUGGCACCAGCCCACCCUACUGCUGUGUGGAUCUGUAUUCCCUGAGAACAGGAGAGAUGGUCAAGUCCAUCCAGUUCAAAACUCCUAUUUAUGACCUGCAUUGCAAUAAAAGGAUCCUUGUUGUGGUCCUGCAGGAGAAAAUCGCCGCCUUUGACAGCUGCACUUUCACCAAAAAAUUCUUCGUUACCAGCUGCUAUCCUUGUCCAGGGCCAAACAUGAAUCCUAUUGCUCUUGGAAGCCGUUGGCUUGCUUAUGCAGAAAAUAAGCUGAUCCGAUGCCAUCAGUCCCGUGGUGGAGCCUGUGGAGACAACAUUCAGUCUUACACUGCCACAGUCAUUAGUGCUGCCAAAACAAUAAAGACUGGGCUGACGAUGGUGGGGAAGGUGGUGACACAGCUGACGGGGACGCUGCCGUCGGGAGCCACCGAGGAGGAAAUCCUGGCUCACAGCAACCUCCGCCGCAGUCCCCUGGUGCCUGGGAUUGUCACCAUCAUCGACACCGAGACCGUGGCAGAGGGACAGGUCCUGGUGAGUGAGGACUCGGACAGUGAUGGCAUCGUGGCCCAUUUCCCUGCCCAUGAGAAGCCCAUUUGCUGCAUGGCCUUUAACCCCAGUGGGAUGUUGCUGGUCACCACUGACACAUUAGGCCAUGAUUUCCAUGUUUUUCAAAUCCUGACACAUCCUUGGUCAUCAUCACAAAGUGCCGUCCAUCAUUUGUACACACUUCACAGGGGAGAGACCGAAGCCAAAGUCCAGGAUAUCUCCUUCAGCCACGACUGCCGCUGGGUGGUGGUCAGCACGCUGCGAGGCACUUCCCAUGUUUUCCCCAUCAACCCCUACGGAGGCCAGCCCUGUGUCAGGACUCACAUGUCCCCACGGGUGGUCAAUCGCAUGAGCCGCUUCCAGAAGAGCGCGGGGCUGGAGGAGAUCGAACAGGAGCUGACGUCGAAGCAGGGAGGACGCUGUAGCCCUGUGCCCGGCCUGUCCAGCAGCCCCUCUGGCUCACCUCUCCAUGGUAAAUUGAACAGCCAAGACACUUACAAUAACUUCACAAACAACAAUCCCGGGAAUCCUCGACUCCUGCCUCUCCCGAGUUUGACUGUGGUGUUGCCUCUCGCUCAAAUCAAGCAGCCAAUGACAUUAGGGACCAUCACCAAACGCACAGGACCUUACCUGUUUGGAGCAGGAUGUUUUUCCAUAAAAGCUCCUUGCAAAUCCAAACCAGCUCCGCAGAUUUCACCCAGUAAAUCUGUGGGAGGGGAGUUUUGUGUCGCUGCAGUCUUUGGAGCUUCAAGGUCAUGGUUUGCAAACAAUUCCGGUCUCAAACGAGAAAAAGAUCAGUCCAAGCAGUUUGUGGUGGAGUCCUUGUACAUCAUCAGCUGCUACGGGAGCCUGGUGGAGCACGUCCUGGAGCCGCGGCCGCUCAGCACCGCGCCCAAGAUCAGCGACGACACCCCCCUGGAGAUGGUCACCUCCCCCAGGGCCAGCUGGACUUUGGUUAGAACUCCUCAGUGGAAUGAACUCCAACCACCAUUUAAUGCAAACCAUCCACUGCUCCUGGCUGCAGAUGCUGUGCAGUACUACCAGUAUCUUCUGGCUGGCUUGGUGCCACCGGGGAGCCCUGGGCCCAUCACCCGGCACGAGUCCUAUGACAGCUUGGCCUCCGACCACAGCGGGCAGGAGGAUGAGGAGUGGCUGUCACAGGUGGAAAUCGUGACUCACACUGGGCCUCAUCGACGCCUGUGGAUGGGCCCUCAGUUCCAGUUCAAAACCAUCCACCCCUCAGGCCAAACCACCGUCAUCUCCUCCAGCUCCUCCGUGCUGCAGUCGCACGGGCCCAGCGACACCCCGCAGCCUCUCCUGGACUUUGACACAGAUGAUCUCGAUCUCAACAGCCUCAGGAUCCAGCCGGUGCGCUCGGAGCCCGUCAGCAUGCCGGGGUCACCGCGGCCCGCGGCCGACCGGCGCGGCGUCUCCACGGUCAUCGACGCUACUUCAGCAUGCCCUACACGGCUGAUGUUCUUUAUGGAAAAGACAUUUUUAGGUUUGAAGGAUUUUUAAGUAGGUCAUAAAUUUUUCCUGCCUGAGCUGAACCAGGAAGUGAUUGUUCAGCUGUGCCCCUGCACUGGAGCCUGUUGCACUUUAUGAAGAUGCUUAUCUGGAGGUUUGAUUGCCUGUUGCUUGGAGAUCCAACCCGUGUGGCGCCUCUGCUUAUCUGACUCAUCACUUCUCCUUCCUAUCAAAAGACUCCAAGUACAUGUUUAUCAUCUCCCAUUAUCCUUCCCAUUAUCCUCAAUAGCUUCCUCCCUUCUCCCCCGUUGGUGUUGCAUUUAAUAAGCAGUUUGUGUGGUUUUUUAAAGCAUGGAUUUCCUCAUGUGUCUGUAAAACUGGGGUGUGCUAAGGACAAUCUCAUAAGAUCACUUGCAAAAGUCUUCAUUUAAAAAGUGCAGAACUGUAAUGCUGUUAUCAAUAGUGAAAAUUUGCAAUGGCAUUCUCAAGGUGGAUGGCUGAAUCUGUAAAGAUUACUUGGAUAUAUUUUAAAAAUGCAUAUUACAAUAUGGUUCUCUCAACUCAAAAUUCUCCUAAGACACUCUUCUCUGGUUUAUUUUUUUAAGAAAAGUUUUCAAAAGUUCAGUCACCUAAAGCUACUGGACAUUUGUCCCUCAAUGCACAUAUUUUAGUCAUAUGCAUCAUAGAGAGAAUAUACCCUCAAGGAUUAAAUGCACUGUAAUUCCAGAUGCUAUUCCAGACUGGCAGUUGGAAAUGUUAAAGGGGGACAGCAAUGGGUUUAAAUCUUUGUGAGGCAGGAAGGAAUUAUUAUUGGUGAUAAUGCAGCAGCAGAACCACUGCACAGGUAAGAGCUGCUCACUGUGUGCAGCAAGCAGAGGGUGUUUGUCCCUCCUCCCCAAAGGUGUGCUCAGGCUGUGGCUUGGCUUUGACACAGGUGGGUUAAAUCUUAAUAAGCCAGGUUCUAUUUAUGAGCCCAGAAAUGAAAGAGAAACCUUAGAGAGUCCAGGCACCUCUCUGAAUUUUCAUCCUAUAACCUGUGGAGUAAUGACAUACAUCAUAUGUAUUCCAUAGCUGAAAACCCAAACCUGGUACAACUCUCUGAACAAUGAAUGAUGUAGAAAUUAGGGGUGUAGGCAGGUUAGGAUAUCUGCACAGUCAACUCUGAGCUUUCAGAGCUAGAAAAGCUGUAGGGAAAGGAUUUUGCAGCAGUUGCUGGUCAGUGAGUUUGCUCAGAGUGCUGCACUGAGUGUGCACACGAGUGUUUCCCUUCAGCUGCAGCCCAGGUGUGCUCAGUGACUCAGGUGUGCACUCAGUGACUCAGUCCUGCUCAUUUAAGAGAAGUGGCUGCAUCUGUGAGUCUGUCUAUGGAAACCUUGUUUAUUCCCUCACACAAAGAGGUUUUGGACACUUACCCAUCAGCCAAGUAAUGAGUUGGUUGCGUUGCUAGUGGAGGAUGAGAACAUUGACAGAGGAAUUGUCUGAUCUCUUUUUUUGCAUCAACCUCUUCCAUUCCUGCUGGGAGGAGAUCACAGAAUAGAAUCAUAAAUCUGUUUCUUUAUUGCCUAGAAUAAAUGCAGAAAUUGAGUGAGAAGGAUUUCAGUGAAUGGCAUUAUUUAACAAAUAAAAUUAAUUUGUAGAAGAAAAAGAUCCUGAGGAUUCUUUUCCUCAUUAGUUGUUUGUGGGGUGGGGGGAACCUUAAUGUUCUCAACUGAAACCUGGUGAGUGCUGUGCUCAGGGACACACACACAUCAUUUUUUAAUGAAGAUUGUUUAUUACUGUUGUAUAAAACUCUGACAAUACUAAGCUCACUUCUGGUUACUUCAAUCAAUGCCCACUUAAAAUCAGCUUGUAAUUUAGUACUUCCCUUUCUUUUGUGUGUGACUGGCUGGUCAUGGACAGAGAGCUCUGCCUGCAGAGGGUUUGAUGAACAGAAGAAUUGACUGGGGCUUUAUGGGGGAGGGAGUUGUCCUUUUAUUGUUCAUCACCACACCUGUGA